GGUUAAGUCUUAUUUUCAACUACAAAAAUUGGAUUAAAUAUUUUAAAAUUAUUUAAUAGAAUUUGAAUGAUAUCCUAUAUAUUUCUUCCGUACAUUUGAUAUUUUCAAUACAAUUAUUUAUGCGAAACUACCAAUACGGAAACAAACCCUUAGAGUUUUGUAUCCCUGGGCAACGGUGGAUGGCGACUAACGUUUUGGUGCUCUAGACAGGAAGGGUCAGUGGCCGCUUUGUCUUUGUUUAUGAGCUUCAUUUUACUCUUGAUAAUUAGGUUUUAUAAAAACGAAAAAUGGCUGUAGCUGUCAAAUCUCCAGCUACCAUCGGCCCUGAAUCAUGGAAAAACAGAUCUCUCAGAGGAAUGAAGUUGGCACAAUCUGUUAUUGCAAACAGCGACAGAAAUUGUGAUAUCGGACGGUCGACGGAUACCUUGCCUCACAUAAGGGAUGUGCUUGCGACUCUGAGUAAUGAUGAAAUUCGAAAAUAUAUGAGAGAGGUUCGGGUAAUUGUAGCUAAGCUUAGAGAAAGUCUACUAGAAACAAAUGAAGAAAUCAAAGCUUUGACCAGGGGUAAAGAGGCUUUAGAGAGGACCAUAGAACAUACUCGAAAAGACUUGCAACUUAACAGAGAUUCCAAGUUUAUUCGAGUCACUAGACCCCCAGUUGAAAAGGUAAUUUUCAUUAUUAUAAUUGCAUGAAUUAUGAAUUUAGUUAGUGCCUACCAGAAACUAUCCAAAUAAAUUUGAAUCCUAGUUUUGGUUGGGUAACCACACAUUAGCAAUGCAAAUAUACUGUAGACUAAUGUUCAAUAUUAGAUUCCCUAUUAAUUAAAAUUGAUGCACAAUUUGGAUUUUAAAAUACUCAGCCAAAUUUACUGGGUAAAAUUUUUCUCUAUUAUCAAAUUAUUAUUUUUUUUAUUUUUAAGAGGUAAAAAUAUUCAAAAUUCCAAAUCAUUUAUAAUUGCCAAUGAACAAUAACUAUUUUUUAAAACUUGUUAAAAUAAUAGUUAUAACAUAAUGGUGAUAUGGGCAAAUUAAAUUACAGGCAUAAUUUGCGCUAACAUAAAAAUUAAGUUCCAGUUGAUAUCUUUAUAAGUCAAACAGUGAUGUAAAUCCAAGGAGUCUCUUUACUUGAUUGAAAUUUGUAAAUGUGCUAAAUCCAUGCAAUGUGAGGUAUUUUAUUUGUGUUCAGUGUAACUUAUUCUUCCUUACCUCUUGCAUCACUAAGGAGCGUGAUGGUGCUGAUGAUCUCUUAGAAGCUGAGCACACCCAUCUGAUGAAUUGUAAAAGAACUUUAGAACUUCAGUUAAAAUCGGUACAGCAACAUCUGCAGGUUAUAAUACAUUUUUUUGUUUUUUUGUUUUGUUUAAAUGUUUAAAGUAAAGGAUAGAUUUUUAUGAAAUGAAAUUACUUGAAGCAUUUAUUUUAGUUCAUGUUGCUUUGAUUAUUAAAAGUUUAUUCAUAAUCAUUUGUAUUUUGAUAAGUUAUUCUUAACUAAAAAUUUAUUUUAGUGCCUAGAGAGCAUCAGAAAAAGAACAUUUGCCAGUUUGCAAGAGCGUUCCAGAGUAUUAGAUAUACUCUGCCACUCUUUGGCAGCUGUGUUACGUCCAGAGCGAGAUAUUCUUAUACUGAAACCAAACCGUAGCCAGGUGGAAGGAAGAAAUUCCAUGGUUGAUCCAAGCAAGUAAGUCCAUACAUCAAAUAUAAACAUAACUUCUUAAUUUCAUUGCAAAUCUGUAUAACUGUUUGGGAGAAUUUCAUAUAAUUUCCAAUAUUUAUUGCUGAACAGAUCUAGAUGUUUCUGUAAGUUUAAUUCUGCAAACUGGGAAUUGAUGCAGCUUAAUUGUUUAGUUGAUAUACUGUAUAGGGCAGGCCUAAGCAAUUUUGGCACUCAAGGCAAUUCUAAUUUUUAAUGUCCCUACUAACUUCUAAAAAUUUUCAUUUUGACAUUAACUUGAGAUUAACUGUUGAUAUGUGCUUGUUGGACAAGACUGCAGUCUUAUUCUAUCAACUAAGUAUAAGCAAUCAAACUUAAUUAUUAUUUAGAUUUUAUAUUAUAGAAACUUAAAAGCUAAUCUGAAAUUAAAAUGACUUUUAUUGAAAAGGUGUAAAUCUUACAAGAAAAAAAUGUGGUACCUGUACCCUUGGGUACAUGCGGCAGACUGCUUGGGGGUACUCAAAAAUAUAUAUUUAUAAUGGCGGAAAGCGACAGAAAAGGGUUUUUACACCUGUUCCUUUACGAAGAACUGCAUUUCAAUAUGGAAAAGUAUGGGGGGGGGGGGGAGAGAUCAAAAAUGAAAAGCAUAAUAAAGGGUUGGGGGAAAAAAAAAAAGUUGGGCACUGCCUGCUGACCAGUGACUGGUAACAUCAUUUUCAGUAGUCAGCAGAGCUAAAGAUGUGAGCAUUUUUUGAGUUACAAAUGCUUUCAAUAUGUUUUAAUCAAAUUUAAUUUGAAAAGUUUCUUUCUGCAGUUACAAUGCUAACUAGAAUCAUCAACAAAAUUCGAAGAGAAAUUACUAUGUUUGGAAACAUCUGUAAAAUAUGACAAUAUAAAGUAUCUCUUCACAUAAUUUAAAUCCAUUAAUGUCUGAAGUAUUACAAUUUGCAAGCAACAGUUCCAUAAGAGAUUAUAAUCCUUUAAUAUCAUAUAAAAAUGAUUGCCAUGUUGUUUCAUUUUAUCAAAACGUUCUCUCAAAGAAUUUAAACAGUUUCAAGUAUAACAUUUAAAAAUUUCAAAAUGGUUACAGGUUUCAGGAUCUUCAAUUGGUUCAUAAUUAGAUUCAUAAUCAAACUAUCUUUUCUUGAAAUUAACUUUGUUGGUUGAAAAACUGGUUUAACAUCAAUAGUUUCUGCAAGUUCCUUUGGUACAAUCUCAAAAUUUUCUAAAUCCACAUUAACAAUAUGGACCUCACAUAAAAGCAUUUAAAAAAAAAAAUUGAAAACUAUUGAAGCUGCAAACAAUAUCUGUAAAAAAGAAAAAGCUCACUUAAACAUGGAGCUGUCCUAAAUAUUAAUUACCUUUUAUUAUUUUUUAAAAUCUCUUCCCUUUGUCUUCUAAAAAUUCAGCAUUCACCUUAAUUUAUUUUCAAUAACAGCAGCUAAUGUUUUCAAACAGUUACAAAAUGUUUAACCUAUUUGGUUUUAUAUGUCCCAUUAAUUUAUUAAAUAGCUGUUAUACCCUAUUCCAUUGGUUGUAAAAAGUCGAUAAAUAUUAUAAUGGACUUCAUUUAUUUAACUUUUGGAACGCGGGCAGUUUCUUGCUUUGCUUGUACCAGAAACUGGGACAAAAUGCAACAAUAAUUUAAACAAUAAUAGUGCUUUAAAUAUGAAUAUUUAAAAAUAAACAUUUAUAUCAAAUCUGUUCAUGUCCCAUUAGUUGAUUUGUGUUUAACUUUGCAGGAUGGAAUCAGAUAAAAUUGACGCUCUUGGUCCUUACACACCUGAAGUUGACCAUCUAUUGGGAGAUGCAACUGAUGCUCGUAAUCAAUCAGCAUAUCUACGCCGUGAAUUGAGGUGUACAAUUGAUCGCGUGGAUAAGCUCAAACAAGCUGCCCACAAGUCUGUCAAUGAAGGACUAACACAGAAAGUUGCUGAAACAAUUACCCUAAAAGUUAGUUUCUUCUUUAAAUACUUUUUAAAUAUUCCUGUUUUUUCUUUCAUUUUGUUGGCAGACGACAUUAACCAACCAAAAGUUUUACAUUUUUAAAAUUGAAUGUGAACAAAGAAUCUAUUUAGUAAGUUAGCUUGUAUGUUCUGUAUUCUAACUGCAGCAACAUCUAAAUCUUGGUGUGGGAGAAAAUCGACAUGCUUUGCACAGAGCCCAACGUUGGUAUGAUGCUACAGAAAAAGCUUUUGGAUAUACACAGGUACUUAGGCAUCAUUUAAUUAAUGAACAAUGAAAUGUUAAAAUGUUAUGGAAGGACGUCUCAGGCGGUUCUAAUUACAAAAGAGUAUGCACUAUGAAAUUUUAUAGUACUAGAAAUCUGUAGCAGUUCUAAUUACUUGUACCCGGUACACUAAACAUUAAUUAUUGUUAGGCAUUUGCAGGAGAAGUCAACUCUAACACCUUUAGACUAAAGGAAAGGGAAGCCACUUUGGAUAUAAUCAAUAGGAUUCUACCUACAUACCAAAUAAUUGUCAACUUAUCUCUCAAACGACAUGAAGUACAUCAACAAGUGCCUGUUUUGUGUGUUAUGUAUGAAGACUAAACUUACAUGAAUGAAAAAUCUAUACUUAUUAUAUAUUUUCUAAAGGGUCCUGUUCAGUACUCAGACCUUAAAACUAGCGAGCACCUGGAUCGCCCACUUGUUCGUCUCUAUCAAAGGCAUCCUGGUACACAGCUGCCAGAAGCACAAGAAAAUAUUAAGGUAAAAAAAAUAUUUUUUCCCCCUAAAUAUUCCAAUAUUCAACUAAAAGAUGGCCUACUUUUGAUCUAAUAUUACGAUGUAUGCUUUAGUAUUUAAAAAGAUUUUCUCAUUGUUUAUUAAAAAUCUUUGACCAGAAAAAUUUACUUACAUACAUUUAAAUUACAUUGGCAUUAUCAAAGAAAAGCAUACACAAAUUUUUAAAUGUAUUUCUAUCCAGUCUGGGGUUGGUCUCAUCCAAUCUUUAACAGCAACCAGCCGAAACAUUGGCAUGCUAAGAAUUGCUGAGAGGAAACUCAAAGAUGACAAGCGUAGCAAGAGUGCUGCUGCUGACAUUGACAGCAGCGUCAUUCGCAUGAGGCGCAGCAAAAAUGAUCGCCGUUGGUGUCUUGGAACAGCCUUCUAAUUCUCAGCUUGGACUUUUAAAUGAUAUUAAAUGCAAAUUACUAAAUCAUAUCUGGAUCAUGCAACACCUGUUUGUCAUGAAGCAAGCUAUAUUUUUAUCCUCCAUUUCUUGGAGUUUAUUUUACACUGAAUCAAAUAGUGAUAUGAUUUGAUCACCAAGUACCUUUUGAAUGUAUUGUACACACUAAAAGCCUCUAGGCAAAGCUGUGCUUUGACAUGUUGUAGUUGUAUGUACCUGGUUCUCAACUUUUUUUGUUUUUUUUGUUGUAAAGUAUGUGCCAGGUUCUCAACUAUUUUUGUUUUAUAUGUUGUAUGUGCCAGGUUCUCAACUAUUUUUGUUUUAUAUGUUGUAUGCGCCAGGUUGUCAACUUUGUUUUAUAUAUUGUAUGUGUCAGGUACUUAACUAUUCUGUUUUAUAUUAGGUUGUCAAGCCAAGGUGACUAAGGAAAUAAUUGUUGGAUUGUGUAAUGAAUCAUCUAUUUGAUUUUGUCUUGGUUUAUCCAAUGUUUCUUAUGUAUCUGAACAGGCUUUAUAAUACAGUAUCAUUUUUAUAUUUUUUAAAACACUUUUAGAAAUAAACUUAUUUGACAUAGCCUCCUUUACUUUUAGUAUUGUCUUUCUAUAAUUAUUUUUUAUUAUCUGCUGAUGUUAGAUUUGAUUAUUUAUUACAUUUGUUCACAUUAACUCUUGUAUAUAGUUAUUCUGUCUCGAUAGUUUUUAGAAUUUCGUAUCUUAAAUAACUUUAAAUAUAAUCGGAGGAAUUAAGAAGAUACUGUAUUUAUUUAAGAAGUUACAGAGUUGUUUUUGUUUAAACUGUUCUUUUCUUCAACUACUGUCUCUAUUUUAAACAGACCAGUAUUUCAUUGGUUACCACAGCAUUAACUGUAUGAUAUUUUACUAUACCAUUAUCUGUCUGCUUUUGCAGCUAUGACCUGAUAACUCAAGUACUUCUUUAAUAGUAGCCCCCUCCCCAUAAAAACAUCCUCCUCUCCCCACCCUAAAUGAAGUAUCAAUAUAAAAAACACAGACAUGUAAUUACAUAAAAUUUUGAAAAUCAGUCUCAAAAUUGUACUUGAAAUAAUUAAUUACAGCUAAAUGCUCUGACUGAUAACAUGAAAUCAUUUACAUUGCAGACUUUUAACUGCAAAAUUGACAUUUCUUUUUAUUUGUUAAUUACGAUGAAAUAUCUGUGAUAAUAAAUACUUGUAUAAAAUAUAUUAUGUAUUUCAAAGACAUUGCAAGCACUUAACCUACCUGGCACUUUCACUUACUUACAGUUCAAUUAUGUUGAGUUUGGUCACAAUUUUCUUUGCUAGUGAUUCUAAUAACUGUGAUAUUGGUUUUUAUAGUUUUUUAAAGUAAAUUAUUAUUUUUUUUCAGAGUCCUAGAUUACCGUAAACAUUUAAUCAUCCAUAUAUUUGCACUUGUUCAUUUAUUGGAUACAAUUUGUCUGGGGUUGCCAUUUUAAAAUUUUUUUUUUUUAAAUCCCAAAAGAGUUCCACAACAAUUUUAAAGAUAGAGUUAAAAAUGUACAAGAAAAAAGAAAAAAAAGAUGUUUAAAAUAA